GGAGUUUAUCCAUUGCAGGUGACAUUAAGAAUGGCACACGGUACAGAUCAUGAAAACUACGACCCUUCGUUUCCCGAACAGCCUGUGGUCGACCUCUACCUCCCAGUCUGGGCCAGGCUCCCGGCGUUUGCAUCCAAGCCUGCUUUCAUCUGGGUCGAGGACGGCCCCGUUUGCACGGGCCUAGGACCAGCCCGUACCCUGACGUAUGCCGAACUCAAUGAGUCAGUGGGCUGCAUCUCUUCCCAGCUGCUCAUCCCACUGCAGAGAGGGGACAGGGUGGUCGUUCUGUCCCCUCCUGGGCUCGAGCUCAUCAAGAUCAUCUUCGCCUGCCAAAGAGCUGGGCUGUUGGCGGUUCCAAUCAUGCCCUCAGACCCGUUCUCGGCCCGACAGGACGACUUCCAUCACCUUGUGAGAGUCCUCUCACAGACCAAACCCAAAGCAGCAAUUGCACCUAACCAUUACAUCACAAGCUUCAGGGACUCGGUCUCCAUUAAAAACAACACCAAGCUCGCAAGCUUGCUGCAGAACCUGAGAUGGGUUUCCGCAGAAGACCUUAAACCUGUCAAAGAAGACAAACGCUCCUCUUCUAGUCCUAGUCCUGAUUCAUUGCGAUAUGACGGUUGCAAACCCGAAGAAAUCUAUCUGAUUCAAUACAGUUCAGGGGCAACCGGUAUCCCGAAACCUGUCCUGAUCACGGCCGGAGCAGCUGCCCACAAUGUCCGUGCAGCGAGGAGAUCCUACGACCUCCACCCGAGCAGUGUGAUAGUCUCUUGGCUUCCUCAGUACCAUGACUGCGGGCUAAUGUUCCUCUUGCUCACAAUCGUCACCGGGGCCACUUCCAUCCUGACUUCCCCUGUCGAGUUCCUGCGACGCCCGAGGAUAUGGCUCGAAAUGAUCUCGGAGUUCAAAGCUACUUGCAGCCCGGUCCCGUCUUUUGCCCUGCCCCUUGUAGUGAAGAGGGGUGGAGUUGAUAAAGGGCACCUGCCCAUUAAGCUUUGGAGCAUGAGGAACCUGAUCCUCAUCAAUGAGCCGAUUUAUAGGGACACGGUUGAGGAGUUUGUUCGGGUUUUCGAGCCCCUCGGGCUAGACCCAGGGGCGGUUUCUCCUUCCUACGGGUUGGCUGAGAACUGCACCUUUGUGUCAACUGCAUGGAAACCUUCAUCAUUAGCCAAUGGCAAUUCAGGUAAUUUUCCCGACAUCCCGACCUACAACAGGCUCUUACCAAGUGCGAGACUCGGUCUCGGCUAUCAUGACGAUGACAAUGAUGUGGACAUGCACAUCUUAGUGGUUGAUGAGGAGACCUCGUCACCAGUCAAUGAUGGAGUCGAAGGGGAGAUAUGGGUGUCGUCCCCUAGUAAUGCAUCCGGGUAUCUAGGCCACCCUUCUCUGACGAGGGAAGUGUUCCAGAGCCGACUGAGAGAUCGGGUCAGUGGGUGCUUUGUUCGUACUGGCGAUCGGGGAGUCAUCAUACCCCAUGACAGGUACAGGUAUCUAUUCGUAACUGGUCGGUGUGCUGACACCAUAAGGCUUAUUACGGGCAAGAAAGAUGACGAAGUGGUCAUGAUUCACCCGCACUAUAUUGAGACGGCGGUCCACAAAUCCUUCCAUCGCUUUCUGCGAGGUGGCUGCAUUGUCGCAUUCCAGAAGUCGAGGAGCACAGUGGCAGUAGUGUCGGAGCUGCAGCAGAGGAGUGGUGGUGGAGAUAAGGAGGCAUUGAAGCGGCUGUGCGAGGGGGUCAGGAAGGCGGUUCAGCAUGCAGAGGGAGUGGAGGUCGGGCUCGUGGCCCUGGUGGAGAGCGGGAGCGUGCCCAAGACAACCUCCGGGAAGGUGCAAAGGUGGGCAGCGAGGGAGCAGCUGAGUAGCGGGAGGAUGAGGGUCGUGGUGCUGGUGGAGUUUGAUCGUGGCUUAGACGACGGGCGGCUGUUAGGAGACCGGAAAGAGGUGGUUAAUGGUGGUGUGGCAGCGACAAGGAGAGGGGGAGGAGUUGCUUCCCAUGAGAGGGAAGAUAUUGCUUAUACAUUUUCAAGCAUCAACCAACCUCGUCUUAGGCUACUCUCCUUCCUUUAGGUUCUUCGUUAAGCCGAAAAAAUAUGAGGUAUUUUCAAAACACGUUGCGCUGCGUGUACUGGAAAAAUAGAUACUUAUAAUAAAAUAAAAGUUCACCUCGGACUUUUCACAAGCCUCGACCGAUGCGGACCUCACGGAAGAUUGUGAAA